AUGAUCGAUCAGAGACGACGAGCCUCCCUGCGGCAGUGCUUGCUCGUCCUCUUUUUAGUGUGUUUCAAUGCCGCACUCGGUGAAGUUGUUGAUAUGAAGCCUCGAGCUGUAGCAGGGUGAGUGUCCAACUUCCCACCGAAUCGAGUCGACACGCGUCGCGGCGCGCUCGAGCCUCGGGCGAAACAGCCACGACGGAAGACCCUACUGAGAUCCUCGCUGCGUCGUUGGGUUGUGACUCUUGACAGUGUCCCCAAGGAUCUCAGCAAACUGGAGCAUAUUGUCCCCGGUAACGCGUAAGAGCGAUUGCAGCGAACCCCUGCAGGGCCUGUAACUGCUCCUCCCAGAUCUGACUGACUUGUCUUCUCCGCCACAACCCAUCCGCCGCUGCAGUCAACCCCGAAGAGGCUGCGAACUCAUCGUACGCACACCUGGCAACACGAAAUGGGAACGCUGCUGCAGCGGCGCGGACAAGGUCGACAACUGCGACGAGAUCAUGCAGGACUCUCGACUCUUCGCUCAUUGCACCUUCAACGUCCCUGCGCCGAAGAAGAUGAGGGGUCAGAAUUGGAGUUGGGCGAGGUGUUGCACGAGGAAAAAGGGGAAGGAUUGUAGAGUCUUGAAGGUGUUGGAGGAUAUCAGUGUCUGGUGA